AUGCCCUGUCCCAACGAUCAGCUCUGUACCUCGGUCAAUGCCCCGCAGUGGUCCUGUGCAAGGGAGCCAUGUCAUCACGUCCCGUUUGGCGUCUGCCUACCGAUCACAAUAGUUGAGUACUCUGGCGAGGAGAAGAGGCGAUUCUGUGAACAGGCGCACUACACGGAUGAGAGUAAUUCGAUGUGUUUGCGCUUCUACGCUGUGUUGGACAAUAAUCUCAUACCACCGGGCACCUUCGCCGCACAAAUAUGCUUCAACAUGUUGAUGGUGUUCAUCGGCAACAAUAUAAAUGGUCUGAACCUGUUCUGUGACGUCAUCAGUCGCAACCUGUCAUACACUACCCUUAUUGUGGACAUGGUGCCCCUCGGCGACGAUCUAUCCCUGACCUCAAUGCAGAAUCACUUGAUCAAUAGCUUGUUGAACCGGGCGACACCAUUUCUGCUACUGCAAGCAGUCACCAGUAUCCGAAAAACCCCGCUCUAUUUGUCGAAUACCGUCGAUGCGACCAUCUCCGCUCCAAGUGUAGAGCAUAAAGACAGAUCGGACAACGGGGCCAAAAACAGACCUACCCAAGAAUUUCUGUCCAUCGCCUUGCCUUUAGUAUUUGGCUGCAUGUUGGCCGUUACCGUGUUGACGAUUAUCAUUCUUCGACAAAUGAGGCGGUAUUGGUCGUUAAUCAAUCAGCCGUCGUUGUUUGAAAGUUGCACAUGCGAUAAAAUGCGCGAAAGGGAUCAAAACGGCGUCAGCAACUUUUCCAGCUCAACAACAUAUUACGACGAAUCCAACUGGUCUCUGGAUUCCAGCAUGGAUGGUGGACGCAAUAUGCCAAAGCCAAAUGAGCAAAACUUGUCCGCCCUCAACCGAGAAUCAUCUGGAAACUUCACAUCAUCCUCCAAAGCAGCCCGAUACCAACAAAAGUUUUCGCUGUCUUCCAGUAACUUAUUCGUGAAAGACCAACAAAACAGCAAUAAAGAAAACACUAUCAGCAACAACAACAGGGGCUACCACCCGAAGAUGCCUUUCGUGACGUUCUGCGAGAAGAAUGCACAACAGCCUAAACGGACCAUCAUUGAACUGGAAGUAAACGUGUAG